UUUGGUGUUCUAUUAGUAAAGAUGGAAUCUGAAGGAAUUCUGGUCGAUAAAGUCCAUCUAUCAAAGAUUGAAAAGCUCGCUGUUGGUGAUAAGCAAAUAGUUGUAGAUAAAUUCAGACGGUGGGCAUCCAAGUACUGUGAGGAUGCCAAGUAUAUGAAUGUGGGAAGUAAUACUCAAAUAAGGCAGCUGCUAUUUGAUGACACAUCGAGGAGAGGUCGAAUUGAGAUGAAUUUUGAGUCAAAGCCGUUGUCGAAGUUAUUUAAGGUCCUUAAUACUGAGAAAAUAUUUGAAGAAGGGAAGAAGGCUCCUCUCAAGUAUCGUACAAUUCAUUUACAUAAGAUUUGUGAAGGUUUGCAAACCGAUAUGUAUACAGCUAGUAGGUUUCCGUCUUUAAGUGCUGAUGCUCUAAAAGUAUUUGCUAGAAACAUCCCCAGCAAUCAGAUUUAUUGGAUCGAUAAUGCAUGUAGUGAUGAGUAUGUCACUGAAGAAGGGAUAAUGGACGACCACAAGCUGUCAGAUACAGGGACAGAUUAUGAAGACUGCUCUUAUGGUACUGCAUUUGAGGCAUUUGGAGGAGGCAAUAAAGGAAGGGAGGCCUGUGAAGCUAUUGCUGCUCUUUGUGAAACUUCUGCCAUUGAUUCACUGAUAACAAAUUUCAUUAUUCACUGAUAGCUGCUCUUGGUUCGUGACAGCUCCCAUG